GACUGACAUAGUACACAUAUUUCCUUUUCGAAAAAAACAAAUAUUUGAACAAACAUGCAUGAUAAGAGUAUGACAAUAAUACAAUUCAAAUCGGUUUACUCCUUGAGGAGAGAAUUCCUUCAAUCAUGGUCAGUCAGAGUCCUCAUUCCCUUCUCUCGGCAUUCUAUGCUGCAGAAAGCACUCUCACCCCUGCAGCAUCAAGAAGUUAAACUGGGCGGUGGGGAAAAGUCUCGAAGCUAAGGAGAAAUAGACUUAAGUUUAAUAGCAGCCUUUCCAAGAAUGGUGUAAGAAUUCAUCAAUUUGUUAAACAACAAUAAUUCCUUCUUAUACAGAAACACAAGUUUUCUUAUGAGAAACAACUCUAUCAAACCUCCUUGCAUAAAUGGAACAUUGGAAAAGAACUAAAAGGUACCAACAGCAUAUCAAAGCCUAACUUGAUUGAAACCUAGCAUAACAUUUAGCAAUGAGAAACAAAAGGCUGCAUAACUCAACAGAUCUAUAGCUACCAAGCAAAGACAAGAAACGUACUUGUAAAUGUAGAUAUCGGCCUCUGGGACAAGUGCACGGUUACAUGAACCACAAUACUGCAGAAAAUGGAGCGGUUGCAUCUGCAUGAUUGGAGAUGGCUGUGAAUGAACACAUAUGCCAGUCUUAGUGUAGGUGACUGAUCUGGGUUGUUCAAGCAUAAGCACCCUAAUGCCAAGCUAUAGUGCACCUAUGCAGUAGCAGUUAUCACUGCAGAGGAUAUAGUUCCAUUCCCUAGAUAUGCAUUAUUAUGCAGGGGCUAACAAAACGGAGCUGAUAAUUUUGUUUCUUGAAGGGAACUUCAUGACUGGAUGGACUUGUUCGCUGUGCUGGUGUUGGAGGCUGCUGCUGGAGUGGUGUGAGAGAAAAACACUGCUGGCUGGUGGCUGGAGGCUGCUGCUGGAGUGGUGUGAGAGGAAAAUACUGUUGGCUGAUGCUGGAGCAGAAUAGCAGAACAGGGUCGAUAUAAUUGACCAUUUCUUCCAACUUUUGUUGGUUGAUAAUUGUUAUCACUCUAAUAAUUGGGAAGUGACAAGUUCUUUUCAAUAGAUAAGAGAAAGAUAGAAUCUCACUAUCAACACAUAACAAUCAGCAUUGAUAGGUCUUUUAGAUGUCAUUCUAAUCCACCGUUUUGAUUCUUUCCUUUCUUAUGUCACAAAACGACAAGGCACCGAGACGUCCAAACUUCACCAAUCAAAAAAAAAAUCCUACAUAAAUACGUUAUCCUCCUACGUAGGAGUAUUUGGCAUUAGCAUAUGUUGUUAAUGGCUAGGAAAUCUAGAGUUUGUUGGUUGCAGAAUGCAGAUGAUUCAAUUGCUUAUGCCAUGGUUGAUAGUCUGAAUUUGAAUUCACCAGGUAAGUAAACAUCUAUGCAAAACUCGAACAACUCGAACGCAUUGGAUUGAAAACGAACGGGCGAGAUGAGACUCACCAGGAGACGACCCUUUUGCUCCCAUCUCCACUGGGGAUGUAGUUACAACAAUCUUUAUCCCCACCGCCCAACCGACCGAGCCGGAUCCGAUGGCGAGCGGCGGCGCGUACCCCGUGCAGCUCCUCCACCGCGCAAGCGGCGGCGAAUGGCGCAACCUCGGCGCCGCCUACGCCGCGGUGACGUUCCUCCGGCCGCAGGGUCAGUCCCUGGUCCUGUACGCCGGUCCCGCCGACGCCGGCGGGCCUCAUCAGCGCAUCGUGUUCGCGUACCCGAUCCUCCCCGGCGACGCCUUCGAGCGGCUGGACGGCGCGACGCUAUCCUGGGCGGAGCCCGAAUCCGGGGACGAGUUCGCGCUCUGCUUCCUCGACGACGCCGCGUGCGCCGCCGUCUGCGGCGCCAUCGCCCCGGCGGUGAGGAGCCCCGCGGUGGACGAUAUCGCGGAGACGCUGGCGGGGCUGCGCGUCGCGAGGGAGGAAGGCGCGCCGGCGCCCAGCGGAGGCGACAUCGCCGCGCGGCUCGCGGCGCUCAGCAUCGGCCGCCCAUGACCCGGCCGGGAUCGAGAUUUUUGUGUUGCCAUCUUGAAAUUAAUCAGCUAGGUUUCAGUUAGUUCUUCGUCAUCUUCAGACUCCAGUCUUUUUCUUAAGCUGAUUCCUUUGGUUAAGCUGUACAUAUAUGACUUCUACAAUGGCAAUAACCUAUUAGCAA